GCGAGGUGUGGGUGUUGAGGGCUUGAGUCUUGCUGAGGGGCGCUGACUCUCCCUGAGUGACAACCUCCAAUGAAAAGAAGAGUGAAUGAUGAGACGUCGUAUUAUAGAGAUCUGCUUAUAACUGCUCUCCAAGUCAAGAAAAGAACGCCUCAAGGAUAACAUCAACUUCGCUAAGAUGAGUGGUGCCGAGGACAAUGAGCCACGUGUUCUGCGCUGGCAGGGUCCUCACCCGCUGCCAGAAAUACCAAACAAGAAUUUUGAAGUCUUUAUGCUGGAGGAGAUGGUCAGGCAUGGCGACGCUGUUGCGUUGAUAGACGCAGAGACCAGGCAACAAAGGACAUACUCAGAGAUGUGUGAUCUGGUACCGCGACUGUCGGCUGGCCUAGCGGCAGCAGGAGUGGGCGCGGGUGACCGGGUGAUCUACUAUUCCCACAACCACAUCGACUACCCUCUAUGGCUUCUCGCUUUCAUGCAUCGCGGAGCCGCUUUUGUGCGGCCAUCCCCGACUUAUGAAAACACGAAAGAUGACCUGGUGCACUGCACGCGGCUGGUUGGUGCUCAGUGGGCUGUAAUACAUGUCGACCUGCUAUCCACUGCGGAAGCUGCCUUCUCACUGCUGCCCCCUGACACUCUCAAGAAGAUUUGGGUGAUCGGUGGCGCUGCUGGAACGUCAGCCAUCGACGACUUGGCGGCCCACGAUCCUUUGCCACCCGUGAACCAGAAUGAUGACGUGGACCCGGCCUCGACUGUGUGUCAAAUCCCUUUCUCCUCCGGUACAACUGGCCUACGCAAGGGAGUGAUGACCUCGCACCGCAGUGAAGUCUCCAGAAUGAUGAUGAUCAAGCACUUGGUGAACCACAAGCAGUGGCUCGGUCAGCCCGAAGACUACUCCACUUGUAUGCUGGUGACUUCCCUGAGCCACACUUACGCACACGUGUUUCUCUUCGCUACUUUAAUGCUUGGCGGGACAUCUGUCAUUGCGCAUCAUUCAGACAAUCUGUUGGAAAUGAUAAAUGAACAUAAGGUGACGCUAUCUGUCUUGCUUCCAUAUCACCAUAAAAUGAUUAUAAACACAGCCGCGUCGCAUGACAGCAAACCUACAUCUCUGAAGGCCGUCACCACAGCCGCGGCCCCCCUUGCUGCCUCCGUUGCUGAAGCCUUCAGACAGAAUGUAAGAGCAGACCUUUCGUGCAUCCUAUCAAUAACUACAAAUUUCAAUUUACGUCAACGUAACUCUUCUGUUCGAUUUCUUGUUACCUAUGAGCAUGCUUAA